AUGACGAAGACAUACAGUUUUAAAGAAACUGUUCCAGAGACCAUAGCGCCUUUAGUGACAAGCAGCGGGACGGUACAGCCUUUAGAGCCUAUGGAUAAGCAGGCAGACGCUGGCUACGAGCUGCCAAGAGCACCUGGGAGUUUGAAUGUGAAUGCUUUGAGACAAGAUUCAGUGAGGGAUAUUCGAGACUUAGCAGACUAUAAAUACUUGCGUCAUGAUCAGGGGGAUACAAAGUUAAGCGUGCAGUUGUGUAAAGGCAGAGAAGAUGAUGAAAGCAGCUUGGGGGCAUUAGAUAACCCUAUUCAGUUCACCAGAGUCUCUACAUCCUCUGUAAUGAGUAACUCUUCCACCGAAACAUCGGAGAAGGUACCCGACAAGCCCAGGGAUGACACUACUACAACUACUACUGUGUCUCACACUAAAAAGUCUGCUCAAGAUGUUUUUGAUAAUAUUAAAGACUUGCAUACUGAAUUUACGGAUGGUAUACCUCAAGAAGAGAAUAAGGCUGGUUUAUCACCAUUGUGUGAUGUUGCUAAUUCUACUCUCUGCCCAUCAGGACAAUCUACAGAAUCAGACUCAAGAUAUCUUGAUGAUUACGCUAAUAUAACUCGCAGUGUAUUAUCUCUUGAAAAUCGUCCGCAAGAGUUUUCAACCUUGAGUGAAAUUACACUUGACAAGCAGGUGGGAGAUGAAUACCUUCCCAGAUUGAGUGAAGAGUAUCAACGAACUGUUCGUAAGAUGGUGUCUUCUAUUGAAUGCCAGCCUGAUUCGGUGCAGCAGACGGAAGUUGAAAUUGAAAAUAAAACUGAAAAUGGCGAUUCAAAUAAAUAUAACAGAAUCCUCCCACCGACGCCUAGUGCGACUCCUAGUGCGAGCCAAAAUGGUUUUCAAAACACGAAUGCAGGUUUCUCUUCCGCAUCAGUACUUCCUGGAAAAUCACCAUUCAAGACUUCGGCCUCGCCCUUCACUGGUAGUGUUAAAGCACGAUAUUCCACUGGCAUUUCGGAUGUCUCAGUACCAACCACUUCCACGUCAUCACUUUCAAAUGGCGUAGCUCAUGAUAAAAAACCUAGAGGUGGAAGAAUGAAAGGGGUUUUUACAACAUUUGUUCAGAACAUUCGGAGAAACUCACAAUCUGAGAAGCGGAGAUCAUGCACAUCUUUUGUGAAGAUUUCAACUCCUUAUAAUGCUACACACGUUCAUCAUGUUGGGAUUGAUUCAAAAACGGGAGAGUAUACGGGAUUGCCAGAAGAAUGGGAGCGCUUACUAGCAUCAAGUGGUAUUUCUAAAAAGGAGCAGCAACAGCAUCCACAAGCUGUGAUAGACAUAGUCAAGUUUUAUCAGGAUGUUACUGACACAAGUGGUGAGGAAAAAACGUUCAAGACGUUCCCGAUGAAUGUCAGUACUGGUGAUUUAUCGAGCUCUCCAUCUUUCAGAACGCCAUCAAUGUCAUCGACAUCGAGCUUUGAUGGAAAUGACCAAGCUACCAGAACAUUAUAUACCACCCCAGUUCUGCAGUCUCCUGUUGCGUUCGUUGAGCCUUGUCAUGACGAAAAGUUUAUUCCUAGUCGUUCAGCUCCGAAGCCCCCAUCCACAACACCAAAAGCUGAUUUUACAUCCCCAUUGGCUCUGGACUCACACUCAGCGAUGAACACUCCAAGAGUAAAGAGAAGUUCGAGCCAAUCAUCCGGAUUCCUUGGACUUGGAAGAAAAGCUACUUUGAACAAGGGUAAGCACCAGCUCCCAUCAAUUCCAUCGCCUUCAAAAUCUAGAGAUGAAAUUUCUGUGCAGCGAAAGGUGACAACGACACGGCCUCCGCCUCCUGUUCCAAAGGAUUCACCUACAAAAGUUCUUGAAAGGGAGAAGGAAAGAGAAAGAGAGAAGGAAAGAGAAGAAAGGGAGAGGGCGGAGGAAAAGGAAAGGGACCGUGAGAGGGACCGUGAACGCGAACUACAAUCUGCUAAGCGUACACAGGCUGCUAUAGAAAGAAAGAGGGAAGAAAGAAAGAGACGCAACCAAAAGCUUCAAGCAAAACUGGCAGAUAUUUGUUCUCCAGGUGAUCCAAGUAAGAUGUACCGUAAUUUGAUUAAAAUUGGCCAAGGUGCAUCAGGUGGAGUUUACACAGCAUAUGAAAUUGGUACAAAUACAUCAGUGGCUAUCAAGCAGAUGAAUUUAGAAAAGCAACCCAAAAAAGAAUUGAUUAUCAAUGAAAUUUUAGUUAUGAAAGGAAGCAAGCACAAGAAUAUAGUCAAUUUCAUUGACUCUUAUCUAUCUAAAGGAGAUCUAUGGGUCGUUAUGGAAUAUAUGGAAGGCGGAUCAUUGACUGAUGUUGUCACGCACUGUAUUUUAAGUGAGGGUCAAAUCGCUGUUGUGUCUAGGGAAACCUUAAGAGGUUUGCAGUUCUUGCACUCAAAGGGGGUGAUUCACAGAGAUAUCAAAUCGGAUAAUAUUUUGUUGUCAAUGGAUGGAGAUAUCAAACUAACUGAUUUUGGCUUUUGCGCACAAAUUAACGAAUCUAAUUUGAAGAGGACAACGAUGGUUGGUACGCCAUAUUGGAUGGCUCCCGAAGUUGUUUCAAGGAAAGAAUAUGGACCAAAGGUCGAUAUUUGGUCAUUAGGGAUUAUGAUCAUAGAAAUGAUAGAAGGUGAACCACCUUACCUAAACGAAACCCCGUUGAGAGCAUUAUAUUUGAUUGCUACUAAUGGUACCCCAAAGCUAAAGGAUGAAGAAAGUUUGAGUUCUACAUUAAGAAGGUUUUUGGGAUGGUGUCUACAGGUUAAUCCUGAUGCAAGAGCAACAGCCUUAGAUCUAUUAUCGGAUAAACUCAUUACUGAUUUUGCCGAUGAUAUUUCUUCCUUAGCACCGUUAGUGAAACUAGCAAGAGUGAAAAAGAUGGCGGAAAAGGUGGACGCUGCUUCUGACUAA